AAAUGGUCUGUCAGCAAACACACCCAGAGCUACCCGACCGACACCUAUGGAAUUCUUGAGUUCCAGGGUGGCGGAUACUCUAAUAAAGCCAUGUAUAUCCGUGUGUCCUACGAUACCAAGCCAGACUCCCUGCUCCAUCUCAUGGUGAAAGACUGGCAGCUGGAACUCCCCAAGCUCUUAAUCUCGGUGCACGGAGGCCUCCAGAACUUCGAGAUGCAGCCCAAGUUGAAGCAGGUGUUUGGGAAGGGCCUGAUCAAGGCUGCCAUGACCACGGGUGCCUGGAUCUUCACAGGAGGAGUCAGCACCGGUGUCAUUAGCCACGUGGGGGAUGCCUUGAAGGACCACUCCUCCAAGUCCAGAGGCCGUGUCUGUGCUAUAGGAAUCGCUCCGUGGGGCAUGGUGGAAAAUAAGGAAGACCUCAUUGGCAAGGAUGUCAUGAGAGUGUACCAGACCAUGUCCAACCCUCUGAGUAAGCUCUCUGUGCUCAACAACUCUCACACACACUUCAUCCUGGCUGACAACGGUACCCUGGGCAAGUACGGCGCCGAGGUGAAGCUGCGAAGACAGCUGGAGAAGCACAUCUCUCUGCAGAAGAUCAACACAAGACUGGGGCAGGGCGUGCCUCUCGUGGGCCUCGUGGUGGAAGGGGGCCCUAACGUGAUGUCUGUGGUCUUGGAGUACCUCCGGGAAGACCCUCCCGUCCCCGUGGUGAUUUGCGAUGGCAGCGGUCGAGCCUCGGAUAUUCUGUCCUUUGCACACAAGUACUGUGAAGAAGGAGGGGUAAUAAAUGAGUCCCUCAGGGAUCAGCUUCUGGUUACCAUUCAGAAAACAUUUAAUUACAGCAAGUCACAGUCACAUCAGCUGUUUGCAAUUAUAAUGGAGUGCAUGAAGAAGAAAGAACUUGUUACCGUGUUUAGAAUGGGCUCUGAGGGUCAGCAAGAUGUUGAGAUGGCGAUUUUAACGGCCCUACUGAAAGGAACCAACGCAUCAGCUCCAGAUCAGCUGAGCUUGGCGCUGGCUUGGAACCGUGUGGACAUCGCCCGAAGCCAGAUCUUUGUCUUUGGUCCUCACUGGCCGGUGAACGCUCUGGAGCAAGCAAUGCUGGACGCUCUAGUCUUAGAUCGAGUGGACUUUGUGAAGCUCCUGAUUGAAAAUGGAAGACUGGGGCCACCCAACACUCUGCAUUUGCUGGUGCGGGAUGUAAAGAAGGUUAAAGGGAGGGUUGGGGCCAUUCCUCCUGCCCACCGCAUGUGCCGCUUCAUCAAAGCUGCUGACAGCAUUGAUCUCUUAGAGCCAGACUCGGUGCCAGAACCCUUUAUUGUACAUUUAGGAAGAACUGUGGGGUGAAAUGUGUUCUUGCCUCAGGAUGAUGAGCCUCCAGCCAAAGGGAAGAAAAAGAAAAAGAAGAAAAAGGAAGAAGAGAUUGACAUCGACGUGGAUGACCCCGCCGUGAGCCGGUUCCAGUACCCCUUUCACGAGCUCAUGGUGUGGGCCGUGCUGAUGAAGCGCCAGAAAAUGGCCGUCUUCCUGUGGCAGCGCGGGGAGGAGAGCAUGGCCAAAGCCUUGGUGGCCUGCAAGCUCUACAAGGCCAUGGCCCACGAGUCCUCCGAGAGCGAGCUGGUGGAUGACAUCUCCCAAGACCUGGACAACAAUUCCAAAGACUUCGGUCAGCUUGCAGUGGAGCUGCUUGACCAGUCCUAUAAGCACGACGAGCAGAUAGCCAUGAAGCUGCUGACCUAUGAGCUGAAAAACUGGAGCAACUCCACUUGCCUCAAACUGGCUGUGGCAGCCAAACAUCGGGACUUCAUCGCCCACACGUGCAGCCAGAUGCUGCUGACAGACAUGUGGAUGGGAAGGCUUCGAAUGAGGAAAAACCCUGGCCUGAAGGUUAUCAUGGGCAUCCUCCUUCCACCCACUAUCUUGUUUUUGGAAUUUCGCACGUAUGAUGAUUUCUCAUACCAAACAUCAAAGGAAAAUGAAGAUGGCAAAGAAAAAGAAGAGGAAAAUAUGGAUGCAAAUGCAGACGCUAGCUCAAGAAAGGGCGAUGAGGAGAAUGAGCACAAAAAGCAGAAGAGCAUUCCCAUUGGAACAAAGAUCUGCGAGUUCUAUAACGCGCCCAUUGUCAAGUUCUGGUUUUACACAAUAUCGUACCUGGGCUACCUGUUGCUGUUCAACUACGUCAUUCUGGUGCGGAUGGACGGCUGGCCCUCCCCGCAGGAGUGGAUCGUCAUCUCCUACAUCGUGAGCCUGGCGCUGGAGAAGAUCCGCGAGAUCCUCAUGUCAGAGCCAGGCAAACUCAGCCAGAAAAUCAAAGUUUGGCUUCAGGAGUAUUGGAACAUCACCGAUCUCGUGGCCAUUUCCAUGUUCAUGAUCGGAGCAAUCCUUCGCCUACAGAACCAGCCAUACAUGGGCUAUGGCCGGGUCAUCUACUGUGUGGACAUCAUCCUCUGGUACAUCCGUGUCUUGGACAUCUUUGGUGUCAACAAGUACCUGGGACCCUACGUGAUGAUGAUUGGAAAGAUGAUGAUCGACAUGCUGUAUUUCGUGGUCAUCAUGCUAGUUGUGCUGAUGAGCUUCGGAGUAGCCCGGCAGGCCAUUCUACACCCAGAGGAGAAGCCUUCCUGGAAACUGGCCCGCAACAUCUUCUACAUGCCCUACUGGAUGAUCUACGGAGAAGUGUUUGCAGACCAGAUAGACCCGCCAUGUGGUGAAAACCUCUACGACGAGGACGGCAAGCGGCUCCCCCCUUGCAUCCCCGGCGCCUGGCUCACGCCCGCGCUCAUGGCCUGCUACCUCCUAGUAGCCAACAUCCUGCUGGUGAACCUGCUGAUCGCCGUCUUCAACAAUACCUUCUUUGAGGUAAAGUCGAUAUCCAACCAAGUAUGGAAGUUCCAGCGCUACCAACUGAUUAUGACGUUCCAUGACAGGCCUGUCCUGCCCCCUCCGAUGAUCAUUUUAAGCCAUAUCUACAUAAUCAUUAUGCGCCUCAGUAGUCGCUGCAGGAAGAAAAGAGAAGGGGACCAGGAAGAACGGGAUCGUGGAUUGAAGCUGUUCCUCAGUGAAGAGGAGCUGAAGAGGCUGCACGAGUUCGAGGAGCAGUGUGUGCAGGAGCACUUCCGGGAAAAGGAGGACGAGCAGCAGUCAUCCAGCGACGAGCGCAUCAGGGUCACUUGCGAGAGGGUUGAAAAUAUGUCAAUGAGGUUAGAAGAAAUCAAUGAAAGAGAAAAUUUCAUGAAAACUUCCCUGCAGACUGUUGAUCUUCGACUUUCUCAACUUGAAGAAAUAUCCAGCAGAAUGGCAAAUGCUCUUGAAAAUCUGGCAGGAAUUGAUAGGUCCGAUCUGAUACAGACCCGGUCCCGAGCUUCAUCUGAAUGUGAUGCAACUUUUCUUCUCAGGCAAAGCAGCAUCAACAGUGCGGAUGGCUACAGCCUGUAUCGUUAUCAUUUUAACGGGGAGGAGUUAUUGUUUGAAGAUACUACUCUCUCCAUGCCCCCAGGAGCAGGGUUCCGGAAAAGAGCCUGUUCCUUCCGUGUGAAGGAAGAGAAGGAGAAGGAUACGAAAAUACAUCUAGUCCCAGAACGUCAAGGUAGCCUUCACUUCUCCAGCCCUAGCCCACCAGCAACACCCAACCAUAGUCGACUUGCAGUAGAAGACUCCAAGAACACUUCAGAGCCCAAAUUAGGUCCAGAUAUUGGGAUUUCAAUGGAAGAAGAUGAAAGGCAGACUGACUCUAAAAGAGAAGGAAAUAGUUUCCAAAGUUUAAAUCCAACAGAUGUUAUGCAUGGGCAAAACAAAACAGAUUUUCCAAACGCUCAGCUAACAGUGGAAACAGCAAAGAUAGAAGGGGCUGUGGCCUCUCCCCUUGGAGACACCAAAAUCGCACGCUAUUACCCAGAUGAUGAGCUUAAUACCUAUAAAUCAAUGAAGUCCAGGAGCUUUGUGUAUUCUGAAGGGAGAAAGCUGGUCGGGGGACAUAACAACGGGGGUGCGGAGUACAGCUCUAGCAUGGACCCAGGCAGCCCUUCCACAGUCCAGCAGUGGACGACGGAGUGGAAAUACCAAGUUCAGAAGAUCACCCGGUCUCGCAGCACAGACAUUCCCUGCAUCGUGUCAGAAGCGAUGGUGCAGGCCGAGCACCAAGGGCACUCGUCAGACGCCGAGGCUGACCCUUACACUUCCCCCAGGGUCUCCGAGAUCUCUCACUUAUCCCUCACGGUCACUGGCAGGACUGAAAGAGAAAACUUGCUGUCUGUGAAACAGGACCAAACUUUGGGAUUCCCUUCGCUGAGAUCAAGAAGUUUACACAGCCAUCCGAGGAAUGUUAAAUCUGUUCAGGGCAAAUUAGACAGAUCGGGACACGCCAGCAGUGUAAGUAACUUGGUAGUGGUGUCUGCAAUUACAGUGGAAGAGCAAAGGGUUAAGCCAGAGAAAACUGCGAAAGUUGAAUGCUGAUCAGCUUUGUUUCCUCGAUUUUUUUCUUUUUUUCUUUUUUUUUUCAAAAUCAGAACCAUGAAUGGACACCACUAGCCAUCUAAACUUCUUUGAUUACUGGAAACAUCUUCAUUAAAAAAUGUGGAAAAUUUGCACCUGAUCAAAAUUUUAAUGCGCUGAAUUUAAAGUAGUAUUCUGUCAGCAUGUAUUAGUCAACGGAGCUUUUUAGAUGGAGUAGGAUCACACGAAAGCAACAAUAUGCACAUGGAGAUAAACAGCUUUAUCAGCAUACAAGAUAAUCCCAUCUCUAUACCUGAGGGCCGCCAGACAGCCUGAGAAACUGUUAGGAAUUUAAGUCACCACAAAAUCACUUAAGGAAUAAACAACUAAGUAAGAAAGUGAAAUUAAAAAGAAAGCAAACAUAAAAAAGGAGGGGUGGGAAGGAAUAAGAAAUAAAAUCAUGAGCUAUAAGGAGAAAUGGGAAGGAGUCACAUACAAAAUGUGUUACUUAUAGUGGUUUUUCUUUUAUGUUUUUAAGUCACAAAAUGGGAGGAAAUACACCAUUAUAUCAAACACCACAAUGUGAUCACAAGUUUUGUUGAGGUCUAAAAGUAAAAUAUCCAGUACGAUUUUUUUUUUUUUGCUGUUGAACAGUCCCAUGGCAAAUACAAAUUAAUCACAUUGCUGUCUGCAGGUUUAGGGAAAGCUGUAGCUAAAAACUAAAGAAUACAGAUUCAAGAACCACAGAGACUGCUCAAGGCUGGUACACAAGGUGUUAGGCUUCAACUUGAAGUUCCAACAGUGGAAGCCAAACAAAAAUAGAGAUAAGCCUCUAAUAAAUGAACUUCGGGGGGGGGGAUCGAAGAAUAAGAUUGGAAUCUGGGACAAACAUACAUAGGUCAAAUGGGCUCCGGCAUAUAUAGAGAGAAAGGGAAAAGUUAGAGGGUUACUAGGGCGAAGAAAUCUAUGCAAGUAAUUAUAAAAGAAAAUUCAGUAAUGCUCUCAGUGCUCGGAAAAGCAGGAAACUCUGAUUUCCCAGUAAGGUCACAGUCCUAUCCUGUGUAAAGCCAGUCUUAAGGUGACAGUUGGCAGUUCCACUAUCAGUUGCUAAGUAAAAAUAGUCUUAAAGUUAGAACCAGUUGUUGUAUUGCAUGAGUUCCUUGAGGCAGUUCUUGGGGCUAACGUCCAUGACCUGAGUGUUUCCCCUUCUUUCCAAAAGCACCCCUUACGAGGUCU